AUGGUUUAUAAGUCACUUUUUCAAGACCUUGAGAUUCCCAAAUAUAAUGUCCUCUCGUUUCUCUUUCCUCAGGAUAGACAGCCCUCAGACCAACCAAUAUGGAUCGACGCGGCAGAUCCGGCUCAUUUUCUUACACCUCGCCAGUUACUAUCAUGGGUCAAGCGUUUAGGCUUCGGACUUGAUAGACUCGGCAUUGGGAAGCAACAAGUGGUGAUGAUCUUCACCCCAAAUCACAUAUUCGUUCCUGUUGCGUACUUAGGCAUCGUCGGAGCAGGGCGAAUCUUCAGUGCAGCCAAUCCUGUCUAUACUGUCAAUGAAGUCGAAUACCAGAUCAAGAAUACAGGAACCUCUUGUAUCCUGGUACAUCCCGACCAUGUGGAGACGGCGGUAGAAGCAGCUCGCCGUGCUGGCCUUGACAAAAGUAAGAUUUUCCUAUUUUCAGACAAGCCCUGUCGGACAAAGCUAGGCAUCAGAGAUUGGAGGGAAGACAUGGCAGGAAGUCAGUCGGAAGGAGAAUUGUGGCAGUGGGAUCCGAUGGCUGAGACGUCUAUGACCGAUAUUGCUACUAUUAACUACUCCUCGGGCACGACAGGACUGCCAAAGGGUGUUUGCGUCUCUCAUCAUAACCUGCUUGCAAAUGUUGUCCAAACAAUUUUUAUGCGCGAUCUCGAGCGAUCACAUAAGUCGCAAGAGCGUUGGAUUGGGUUUCUACCACUGUAUCACGCCUACGGACAAUUGUAUGUCAACUUGAUGGCGCCAACUCUCUUGUUUCCAACAUAUGUGAUGAAGAAAUUUGUCUACGAAGAUUUCUUAAGGGUAAUACAGACACAUAAAAUCACAAACCUUCAAGUUGCGCCGCCCAUCCUUAUCAUGCUAGACAAGCGACAAGAGACCGCAAAGUAUGACCUAAGCAGUGUCAAGCACAUUCUCUGCGGCGCAGCACCUCUCAGCAAAGAACUUCAAAGGGCGGUAGCAAAGAAGCUCAGCUGCAACAUCAUUCAAGGCUGGGGCAUGACAGAGGUCACCUGUGGCUCGAUUCUAGUCCCUGGAGGCAGAUACGACGAGUCUGGAAGUGUUGGCCUCAUCCUCCCGAACAACGAAUUUAAGCUCCUCGACGAUGAUGGAAACGAGGUUUUGGAAGGUCGACCAGGCGAAAUGUUCGUUAAAGCACCCAAUGUUUGUCUCGGAUACUGGAGGAAUGAGCAAGCAACAAGAGAAAGUCUGGACAGUGAAGGAUGGCUGAAAACGGGAGACAUUGCAGUGGUGAAAGACAGCUGGUUCUGGAUCGUCGACAGGAAGAAGGAGUUGAUUAAGGUCAAUGCCCUUCAAGUAGCACCCGCUGAGCUUGAGGCGGUCCUACUCGAGAAUGAGGACAUUGCAGAUGCAGCGGUUACUGGCAUCCUGCUUGGAGAAGAAGAGUGGCCACGCGCCUACAUUAACCUGAAGGAAGAGAAGAAAGGCGAAGUCACGGAAAAUCAAAUACAAGAAUGGAUGAAAGGGAAGGUUGCAAAGCAUAAGCAAUUGGUUGGAGGUGUCAAGUUCAUAGAUGAGGUGCCCAAACUGGCUUCGGGGAAGAUUCAAAGGAAGGUCAUGAGGGAGUGGGCCAAGAGGGACGCCUUAGAACUAGAAAAAAGAGGCCGACCUCGUCUAUAA